GGGCUGGCUCCCACGUCCCGCAGCCGUGUCGCCGCGCGCCCUCCCCUCGGGGCGGUCCCGCCCGGGGCUCGGCGCGGCGAGACGAGGGCCGGAGCCUGGCGGCGGCGCGGCGGCCCGAGGCCCGAGAUGGUGAUCUGCUGCGCGGCCGCGAACUGCUCCAACCGGCAGGGCAAGGGGGAAAAGCGCGCCGUCUCCUUCCACAGAUUCCCCCUAAAGGACUCAAAACGUUUGAUCCAGUGGUUGAAGGCUGUUCAGAGGGAUAACUGGACGCCCACUAAGUAUUCUUUCCUCUGUAGUGAACAUUUCACCAAAGAUAGCUUCUCCAAGAGACUGGAGGAUCAACACCGCCUGCUCAAGCCCACGGCCGUGCCGUCCAUCUUCCACCUGGCUGAGAAGAAAAGGGGGGCCGGAGGCCAUGGCCGCCCCCGGAGAAAGGACGCCAGGAAGGCCUCGGGGGGUCUGAGGGCACAUGCAAGUGACAUUGCCGACGGGAAGGCAGCUGCAGGGUCGUCGUCGUCGUCCUCGAGUGAAAGCCUGAUGGCCAAGCCCGAGUCCCGCAAGCUGAAGCGGGGCACGUCACAGGGCAGAACCGCAGCCAGGGCCACCCGGGAGGCCGCCGGUCUGCAGCGGGCCCGACAGCCUCCGGAAGGACACGCAGAUGACGGUCCGGCCUCCGCCACCGCGUCCGGCAGCCGGGGAGAAGCCAACGCUUGUGCUGUGGAUGCCGGCGACGAGAACGCCACCUCCCCGGACGGGGGCCUGGUGGACAGGAGCGGCAUUUCCGUGGAUGACUUUACCCCCCCGGGGUCCGGGGCCUGCAAGUUCAUCGGCUCGCUUCAUUCCUACAGUUUCUCCUCCAAGCACGCCCGCGAGAGGCCGGCCGUCCCCCGGGAGCCCGUGGACCGCAAGAGGCCGAAGAGAGACACCGAGCCCGGCUGCAGUGGGAGCAGCCCGGGGCCCGACAAGGCGGCGCAGAGCCCGCCACGCGCGCCCCCCACGGCGAGCUCAUCGCUCACGGCCACGCCGCAGAAGCCCGUGCAGGGCCCCUCGGCGCCUCCGACCGACGUGACCCCGAAGCCGGCGGCCGAGGCUGUGCAGAGCGCCCACAGCGACGCCAGCCCCAUGUCCAUCAACGAGGUCAUCCUGUCGGCGUCGGGGGCCUGCAAGCUCAUCGACUCGCUGCACUCCUACUGCUUCUCGUCCCGCCAGAGCAAGAGCCAGGUGUGCUGCCUGCAGGAGCAGGUGGAGAAGAAGAACGGAGAGCUGAGGGCCCUGCGCCAGAGGGUCAGCCGCGCGGACAGCCAGGUGCGCGAGCUGCGGGAGAAGCUGGACCGGCUGCGGCGGCUGAGCCUCCCCCACCUGAGCAGCCUGCUGGCCCCCGGCCGCGAGCCCCCCAGGAUGAACCCUGUGGUGGAGCCGCUGUCCUGGAUGCUGGGCACCUGGCUGUCAGACCCGCCGGGAGCCGGGACCUUCCCGACCCUGCAGCCCUUCCGCUACCUGGAGGAGGUGCACGUCUCGCACGUGGGCCAGCCCAUGCUGAACUUCUCGUUCAACGCCUUCCACCCGGACACCCACAAGCCCAUGCACAGGGAGUGUGGCUUCAUCCGCCUGGAGCCCGACACCAACAAGGUGGCCUUCGUCAGCGCCCAGAACACAGGCAUCGUGGAGGUGGAGGAGGGCGAGGUGAACGGGCAGGAGCUGUGCAUCGCGUCCCACUCCAUUGCCAGGAUCUCCUUCGCCAAGGAGCCCCACGUGGAGCAGAUUACCCGAAAAUUCAGGCUGAAUUCCGAAGGCAAACUUGAACAGACGGUCUCCAUGGCAACCACUACGCAGCCCAUGACUCAGCAUCUGCACGUCACCUACAAGAAGGUGACCCCAUGACCCCAGGUAGAGCUGAGUCCCGGCGGGGCCGGCCUGCGCGGUGACACUUCGGCUUCUCAGUAGACGCCGCGGCAGGUGUGGGUGUGGCCACAGGUCACCGUGGGUUCAAGGGUGUUGGCACGUGUUCCUGUAACGGCACAGAAAAACCAAAUAAAAGGCCUCUAUUUUUAUGGCUGAGCAUUUUGAAUAUUA